UAUGGCGUGUUUUACUUCUAUCAUCUCCGACACUCUUUUUGUGUCUUUUCUCACAUAUGUAGGUACCUACUACCUACCUAAAUAACGUUUUUUUUGGUAUUAUUUCUGUGUCGUGUUUACAUUUUUUUUUUCUGUAGAUACCUAUUAGACCUACCUACAGUGUUAUUAACGACUGAAUUUUUUUCACUUCUGCCAUCUGUGUUUUAAAAUACAAGAAAAUGAUGGGACAUUCAUCUAUUCUAAUCAUAAUAUUGAUUGCAUAUUUAGCAUAUUCUUUUGGUGUGAUGAUCCCUUAUAAAAAUAAUACUGCUGUCGAACACGCCUGGAGAGAAAACAUUUCUAUUACUUGUACUGACGAUGUAGAUGAAGUCACAUGGACACACUCCUUUACAAUGGGUGGUAAUUACUCGAUAAAAGUGGAGACUCCGCGCAGAAAAGUUCUUAAGAUUAAAAACGCUUCAUUGUAUAAUAUUGGGGUAUACGAAUGUGUUUCAAUAAAGAACAGAAAUGAGUUCAUGAGAAUUUAUGUUUCUUGUGAUGUUUCUUGUUGGGAAGAUGAUCCUACAGUCCAGGGAAAGUAUUACGAAACUCCAGGCCUGGGAGAAACGUAUGUCGAAAUUACAAACUGACCGUCAGGCGUCAAUUCAUGAAUGAAAAGAAUGAUCUUGAAUUAUUAUUUAUUAACACAUUUAACUAAUCAAAAACUAUGGCAUUAUUAUAUAUUCAAUGUACCUACUACCUAGGUCAGGUCUAAUAAUGAUACGUAUUCGAGUGUGAAUUCACAUACCUAUCGCAGUUUACUUGACUGUUUUGAAAAUAAAGAAUCUGCAAUUCUGCA